AGACUAACAGUGAAUUUGACCUACACGUGAACGAGUGUCGCGCGGACACGUACGUAACGUACACGUUUUUGUGUAUCUGUGAUUGUUUUAUAUAUUGUGACUGCGGAAGACAUGUUGCCGUAUCAAGCCGUCGCCAUGGACUAUGCAGUAUCAUCUAGCUUCCAGAGACAUCAGCCUUCUUUAGGAUUAGGAGUCAACCUGAAUCCAGCCUUCACACACUCCUGGUUCGUACCAGCGGAUCUGUGUGUUUCCUACAAACAGACUCCUCUCCUCGAACCAGGUAUCUUGGAGCUACGGAAAGAAAAAAGUCGGGACGCAGCACGAUCACGUCGAGGGAAGGAAAAUUACGAAUUCUACGAAUUGGCAAAAAUGCUUCCUCUCCCCGCCGCGAUCACCACUCAAUUAGAUAAGGCUAGCAUUAUAAGACUGACCAUUUCAUAUCUCAAAUUAAGGGAUUUCUCAGGACACGGCGAACCGCCAUGGAAUAGGGAUGGACCGCCUCCGAACAAAUCACUAAAAACUGGAAGAAACAGAACUCAAGGUGGCUUGGCAAUGGAAAUCUUUGAACAACAUCAAGGAACGCAUAUACUGCAGUCUUUGGAUGGAUUCGCUUUGGCUGUAGCAUCCGACGGCCGAUUUUUAUAUAUUUCAGAAACAGUAUCAAUAUACUUAGGCCUCUCACAAGUUGAGAUGACUGGAAGUAGUAUAUUCGAUUAUAUCCAUCAUCAAGAUCACUCGGAAAUCGCUGAACAAUUAGGAUUAGGUCUUUCACAAAACCAAAGUUUGGCCUCACCGGAAAGUGGCUCAGAAGAGAGCUCCUCCACGGCAGGAACAAACAAUCCCGACGUGUCCACGCAAAUGACGUUAGGAGCAAAUCCACCCUACAAGGGUCUCGACAGAGCGUUCUGCGUUAGAAUGAAAUCAACAUUAACUAAAAGAGGAUGUCAUUUUAAAUCUUCCGGAUAUAGGGUCGUAUUAAUAUUAAGCAGGCUAAGGCCGCAGUAUACAUUCUCCCACACACGAAAAUCUCAACCUCCACUCUUAGGAAUGGUGGCACUCGCCAUAGCUCUUCCACCUCCUAGUGUACACGAAAUUAGAUUAGAAACUGACAUGUUCGUUACUAGGAUAAAUUUCGAUUUCAAAAUAGCACACUGUGAACCCAAGGUAAUGGAUCUCUUAGAAUAUACACCCGAAGAACUGACUGGCAGAAAUCUGUAUUCUUUGUGCCAUGGAGAAGAUGCCAAUAAAUUGAGAAAAUGUCACAUUGACUUAAUAAAUAAAGGACAGGUCCUUACGCACUACUAUAGGUUUAUGAAUAAACAUGGCGGAUAUACAUGGCUACAAACUUGUGCCACAGUAGUGUGUAAUUCAAAAAAUGCCGAAGAACAAAACAUUAUUUGUGUUAAUUAUGUGAUAAGCCGACGAGAGUACGAGUCUGUGGUGAUGGAUUGCUGUCAGCUAGACGACCCGAAUCGCGUUGUAAAGAGAGAGGAGGCGAGUAACAACGACCCGGAGAACGGAUCAUCAGACGCCGAACGUGGAGAUGACCUGAACGUCGGAGGCCUUACCAACCCGCCCCAGGACUCCAGCCAGGAAUUGGAGGAUGUUAACUGUGAAGGCAGUGCCAACGAGAAUGAAGCUUCUGCAACACAAGAGCCUGGAGAUCUUCGGACUCAUCGUAUGGAUCUCGUGACGCCGCUCCAAUCUACACCAAUUGUCAACAUCAACAAGGAUCAUCGGAAGUCAUUUCCUGCUCGACGAACAACGAAGAGAAAAAACACGUCAUCUGACGAGAAUGAAGAAGAUGACGCAAUUGCAACUCAUCGAGGUUCUGCAAUAAGCCCAGCUUCUUCUUGUCAUUCCAAUAACGGUACCCAUCACUUAUCAACGGACACCACCACCGACACUAACCCCAAGAAACUUGAGGACUCAGUCAGCAGUGUGACGUCGGUAAAAGAUUUGGAAAACGCCAUGUCCAAACAUCUUCCUGCUUGCAAAUCACCGAUCCAUCAACCAACAGAUUUCAGUACAGAUGCUCUUCUGAAACAACAACAGAAGACGACUAUUCAAUGGAUCGGAGCCCACCAUCAGCAGUUACAACAACAAGGGCCCUUGCCAGCCUCGGCUCUCCUAAGACAACUCUACGCUAAUAGGGAAAGUGUAAUUCGGGCAAAUGUGCAAGGUAGUAAUAGAUCUGGUAGCUCUCCUGGUUACUAUCCCAAUGACAAUCAAGUAGGUGUAGGGGCACUACCAACACCUCCCAGUAGCGAGGGCUCAGCAUCUUAUAGUGAACACCAGUUUUUACUAUCGCAACACCAAAACUAUCCGACUAGUUAUUAUAUGGACUAUCAUUCCAUGACUCCCCCAUCAAGUGUAUCUCCCCGUGAUAAACAUCAACAAUUACAUGGAGGUGUUGCGUUUGACUCGACUGUUCCAUAUCAAGAUGUUUUAAGACAUCAAUACCCAGACAGCCCUCUACCUCUGAAACCCCAAGUGUAUUCGUAUGUAGAUCAACCCCAAUUUUAUCACCACGGUUCUACGGGAACGGGGUUCCAUUUAUAUCAUUCAAGUAAAAACACGCCCACUACUCCCACAAAUUGGUAUCCGCCAUCAUAGUAAAAAUAAUUUAAUAUGUUUUGACAAUUUUUUAUCAAUUUUUUUCGAAACGAUACGAUGCCAAUCUUUGAUUUAAAUGCUUAAGUUGUCUCAUACUUUUCAGAUGCAAGUAGUGAGAAAGUUCACGCAUAGUGUGUCUGUUCAACUAUUUUGAAACCAAAGAAAAGUAAUAAGAUAAUACAAAAUAACAUGAACAAAACUGUAGUUGGACUAAUUUAAUAACAAGUUUAUGCAAAUAUUGUAGUAUACCGAGUGUUUCUAGUACCUAUUAUGUAAGAGUGUACAUAAUGCAAGAUAGGUACAUGUUAUUUAGUAUUAUUCGACUUGAACAGUGUCAUUGCCCGCAUUUUCAUAUAUCUGCAUUUUCUAAUAUCUAAUUCGACUAUAAUUGAAGCUUACAUUUUUUCUAUUCAUAAAACAAAAUGUACGUUAUUUUUAUUUUAGAAAACUUCAUUUUCAUUACAAAUGGAGUUUAAAUGAUUAAACUACGAGGUUUUCAGGUUCAAAUUACCAAGUUAUAUUAACAUACCUAAAUACAUAUUCUUCAUAUUAUAUCUUACUCAUGACAUCCUAUCCGAACCUACUUAUCUUUCUUCUCCAAGUUCUUGUUAAAAAUAAGUUGAGCCAAACCAAUGUAUAUUAAAUAUACACUGUACUAUAUAUGUAACGUAUUUCAUUUCUUACUUCUGAGACCGUUUCAUACCUACUUAAAUGAAUGAAAUUGAUUUUAAAUGAAUUUUAUUCAAUAAUGUAUUUUUCAUAGAAAAUAGAUUUCGGUUUUUAUCAAAGUAUCAGGUAUUGACUACUCUGAUCCUUGUUUAUUUAUAAUGCGAGCGUUGGAGUAGAUCAAAAUAAAUACUCUUUAACUACACAAGUUUUUCUAUUAUAAAUACCUAAUGAUGAAUUUCUAAUUUUUAUGUAUAUAAAUCGUUUCAAAAAUUCUUUUUUUUAUUUGCCACUAUUUCAAGGAUCUUUCUAUUCUUACAAAUCAGUGUUAGCUGCUUUGCUCUUUCAUGGUUUAUUAAUACAGUUUUCUUCGGAUUGAUGACUUCUUGAUCUAUUUUCUAAUAUUGAAAUUUAUUCUGAACAAUGUGAACAGCAUAGCAAUUAAUAAAUGGAGCCUCGUAUAUAAUUUUACUCCUUUCAAUAUUUGGUAUUAUCCUAAACUAUUUGAUGAAUUAUUGUCAUUUACUUAUUAAAAAUUUGAUAGUGUUUCACAUACUGAUGUUUAAGAUCUGUUUUGUCGAUUAAUUGCUUAUAACAGUAUAUUAUCUAUUUUUUCAGGAUAAUUAUUUAUGCUUGGUGAAAUCUUUGCUUUUCAAUGUGCUUCUGAAUUCAGAUUCUGGAAAUUGGGUAGUCUUCCCAGUCAAACUAAUAAUCAUUUAUUUCGUAAGAUAGAGUGUGACAUGAAAUGAUUUGUAAAUAUCUUGAGGACCAAGUUGGUUUGAUUAAGCAUUCUGUUAAAUGCUUUAACGUAGUCUCUAGGUUUUUACAUAUAAAAAAAUUGAGUUUAUUUGGAUGAAACUUAUUCCAAAUUAUAUUAGAAUUUUGCACAAUAAAUAACAUUACAUCUAAUUUCGUCGUUUCACUCACAACGGUGCUUUUUCUAUAAUUCUCGUUCCUGUUAUAUUUUCCUUGAUGUACUAAAUAUUUCUUAUUUGAUGGCUGCAAUUUAAGCAUUACAUCAUGCAGAACUUUUUAUAGAGAAUAAUUUUUUUCGCAAUAUUAAUAAAUAAAUAAAAAAGUCUUUUAAGUGGACAUAUGCAAGGAGCUUUUAUUGAAGAAAAAUUAAUAAACAAAAAAUCAUAAUAGUAAUAAUAAACAAUCAAGGUUUUUUUGGUACUAAUUUUCAAAUUGUUUUUGUGGAAAUCUAUUUCAGAGUUUUCAAAUUACAAAUCAAUGGUUUUUAAGACUUUUUGUAAUUAUCAAGGUAUAUAUUAGAUGUCGAAAAAAAUAAUAUAUAAAUGUAAAGGUAGACAUUUCCGAAAUUUUAUAGGUUGUUUUAGCUCUAAAACAAAUCUGUUAUUUUAUUUUACAUUUUAUAUUUUCAAUGGUAAUCAUUAUUUUCUACUAGAAUUCCAUAUAAAUAUUUAUAUAUUUUCAUAAUAUACAGUUUUCUAGAUAAGUAGAAUUUGAUUAUUCAUAAUAUUAUUUUUAUAAUUAGGUUUGACGAAAAGCACUGUAGAUUUCAAUAAUUUCAUUAACAAUAUAUAGGUUUUAGUUUUAUUAUUGUCCAUUGUUUUAUUUCUGUAUAUUAUUCCAAAUGAAUAUAAUUUAAGUUGUCAAUGUAGCUAAAAUAAUCGUUUCUAAACACUAAUAAUGAGAAGAAGAAAUAAAAAAGAACUGGUUUCAGUAAACUAUAUUAUAUAUAUAUAUCGAAUUUGUUUUGUAACAAUUGAACAAGGGUAUAUAAUUGAUUAAAUAUGAUUAAAAAAUCCUGCAUCAAAAUUUUUUCAACAUUGUUUCGUUCCGAAUUUUGUUGAUCGAUUUGAAUUCGAGUUCACGUGACAACUGUAGCUGCAGUAUUAGGUAUAUAAUAUAAUUAGGAUAAUUGUUGAAAAAAGAGCUGCAAAAUGUUUUAUUUGCCAUGAAUGAUAAAUAUUUUGGGUGAGACAACGAAUUUGAAAAAGAAAUCAUUUUGUAGCAUCAAAAAGCACAUUGGAGGAACUAACAUCAGCAUCAUUUUACGCCCUUGCUUCUGGGUAACGAAUUUCUCUUGAAUUUGUUACACCGUUUAGAAAAAAACAAAAAUAACUUCGGCAAUAGUUUUUUUCUCAUUGUUGUGAUUACAUCAACUGUAAGUUCAAAAUAUGAAUAUAAAACUAAAAGCUCUUUUUUUAUUAAAUUGCGGUUCUAAUAUGGAAACAACAAAAAGUAUCGUGAAAAAAAUUCAAGCAAGUAGAUAUUUUCAUUUUGUUAAUUGAAAAAAUUUGUUCAACACAAACUUUUUAUUCAAUUACGUGUAUGAUACUACAGUUCUUACAACCAGCUUUGCUUCGUUUCUAUAUGUUUUGUGAAAACAAAGUGGAAAACAAGCAUCUGCAGAAAUUUACGUAGCUGUAUCGAAGAAUUCGAAUACCUUGGACUGACGUGUUAAGAAGGAAUAUAGUUAAGACUAAAAGAUACAAAAUAUCUUAUGUUUUCACGCUGCUGUUGGUAAAAUUCGAAUUGCCUACAUGAGAGCAACGCCCACAAGAAGAAAAAUAGUUCUCACAACUAUUUUGUUGCUGAGAUUAAAUCGAUCAUUAAAAGUCGCCGUCAGAAAUCACUUAUUUAGUCGUUUAUGGUCAAAUUGUAAAAUAUCCAUA